AUGGCAGACACUUCGCUCAUCGAAGUGGCGCGCCAGACCCACGAAGAGGCUGAACGAUACCAGCAGGCACUCGUCGAUCUCUUGCUCCACUCGGCUUCCACCUCCUCGGGUCUCACACACAAGGACAAGCUCAAGCGGGCACACAAGGCAUCCGACCUGCUAGAUCGCGUUACCUCUCGCUACCAGUACCUCGAUCGCUUUUACGCAGACGAACACGGCGACCGCCAACGUGAGCUCGAGUCGCUUUCCUCCACUCGCAACGACGAUGCAUUUGGCGAAUUCUACGACCGACUGGGUCGUAUCCGCGAGUAUCAUGAACGAUAUCCUGGUGCACUUCCGGACAACUUUGCGGUCGACUUCUCAUCACUAGAGUCCGGAGCUGGUGCAUCAGCAGUUGCUACGGGAGGAUCGUCGUCAUCAUCGUCGGCGGUGGCGGGAUACACAGACGCGGCAGGGCUGGACUUCAUCGAUCGCAUGUUCUCAGGCGAAGAAAUGGCGGGAAGGUUCUUGGAUCUCUACUUCUACCACGAAAUGUACCUCAACCUCAAAGGCGCAAAACGCAUCUCGUACCUUGCUUACAUUGACGAUUUCGACAAGCUUGCGGGUCCCUCCUCACUCAUCCCCAACCACACCAAGAAAACGGAUGCGUAUCGCGCUUACCUAGUCGAUCUGCGCAAAUACCUCGAUGCGUUCCUUCGCAAGACGCAGCCACUAGCCAACAUAGAUGUGCUUUCCUCGCAAGCAGUGAGCGAGUUCGACGAGGCGUGGGAGCAGAGGCGGGUACAGGGAUGGGAGGAGCAGGGUGCCGAAGUGUUUGGUACAGUUGGUGGACAGAGUAAAGGCAAAGCAGCGGCAGCUCAAGGGCAAGAAGGGGACGGUAUCUGGUGUGCAGCAUGUCGCCGGUUCUACUCAAAACAAACGGUGUAUGACGCCCACCUCAAGUCGCCCAAGCAUCUCAAGGCGGCGGCGCGCUUAGCACAGUCUGAACAGAACGGCACCGACUCCACCCCUCACAACAGCAACAGUGCAAACGAGGCGGAACAGAUCAAGAUUCGCGUACGCUCGAAAGCCAUGGCACGCGAAGAAGCCAUCAUCGGCGCCCUUGCCGCGCGACUCGCAUCCAUCCGCGCCGACACGAAAUCCAAUGUCGAACGCAAAGCAGCGCUCACCGAUCGAGAGCGACAGGCGGAAGCCGAGGCGGCCGACGCGGAGCUCAACCGCAUGUCUGCGCUGCACCCCACCUCGGGGCUCGACGACAGCGCCGUGCAGAUGGACGAGGACGACGACGAGGACGAAAACUCACGCGUGUACAACCCGCUGAAACUGCCGAUCGGGUGGGACGGCCGGCCGAUCCCGUUCUGGCUGUACAAGCUGCAUGGCCUUCGCAACGAGUUCAGGUGCGAGAUCUGCUCGGACCACGUCUACCACGGACGCAAGAACUUUGAAAAGCAUUUUACCGAGUCGAGGCAUGCGUUUGGUAUGCGUGCGCUAGGCCUGCCGAACACGGUGCAGUUCCGCGACGUAACGAGCAUCGCGGAUGCACUGGCACUUGCGGACAAGCUGCGGAAGCAGAGCAAGACGCAGCAGUCGCAGGCGGGCAUGGAUGCGCAGGAGGUCGAGGACGAACACGGCAACACGUAUACCAAGAAGACAUACGAUCUCUUGAAGCGCCAGGGUCUUAUUUAG